AUGGGACUGGGCCACAGCUCUCGAACACCCCAAGUUCUCAUCAUGGGGCUGGACUCCUCCGGAAAGACAACCCUACUGACCCAAGUCCUCACCGGACACACCAUGGACACCUCCCCUACCAUCGGAUUUAACGUCGGCACCUUAGAUUUGGACAAAAAGAACAGCCUCACCUUAUGGGACAUUGGAGGCCAGAAGACUUUGAGAAAAAACUGGAAAUACUACAUGGACGACGUCAAGGCGUUGGUGUUUGUGGUGGACAGUACAGAUAAGGAGAGGUUACCAGAGGCAGCCGAAGCUCUCAAGCGAGUUUUGAGCGAGGAGAAAGUUAAAGGGGUUCCGCUCAUGGUGUUAGCCAAUAAAAAGGACUUGCCAAAUUCAAUGACCAUCAGGGAGAUCUCAAACCAGCUGAACUUGACGGUGUUGGAAGACCGGCUGUGGCAGAUCCAAGCGUGUUCUGGCCAGAGAGGGUUAGGUUUGAACCAGGCCUUCACCUCUGUCAACAAGAUGAUCAAAAAGAGCUGA